GCGCUGGAGGCCAACCCGCUGCUGGAGGCGCUCGACGCCAGCCGCUGCGGCCUGGCCUCGCUCCCGCCGGCGGGCGCCUGGGCGGGGCUGUGCCGGCUGGCGCUCGUGGCGCUGCACCAGAACGAGCUGCGCCAGUGGGGGGACGCGGGCGGCGUGCUGGCCGCGCCCGAACUGGUGUGGCUGACCCUGUUCCGCAACCCCAUCGCGACCCACCCCGAGUACCGCGGCUUCGUGGUGGGCAGCGGGCCGCAGCUGCUCGCCGUGGACUUCCAGGUGGUCAGCGACGCCGAGAGGCGUCUCGCGCGCAGGCUGCCGCAGCGCACGACGCCCUCAAGCUCCGGGCCCUCGGCGCACCGCUUCGGCAGCCAGCUGACGAGCGUGCGGCCCUGGGAGGGCCUCGAGGAGGAGGCGCAGCGCGGCGAGGGCCUCGAAGGCGAGGCCUACGGCGAGUGCCUGCAGGGCGGCAGCGGAGUGGGCGAGCACGGCGUCCAGGCG